UGCCGCACUCCCGCCGCCUCCGUCUGAACUAGGGCUCGCAAGAGGCGCGGUGUCCCUCUGGGGUCGGCGUUGUCCUGAGGGCCGGUGCCUGCCCGGUAGCGCGGCCGGUUCGUGCAGAAGUGCUUAGGGCUGGCCGCGCCGAGGCGCUCCCCGCGGUAGGGGCAUGGCGGCAGAGGAGUCGCGGUACCUGCUGGGUUACCCGGCUUCGGACGCUUACCAGAGAGUGCAAAACAAGAAGCUGUACCUGGCCACGUUUGCUGCUGUCUUAGGACCACUUAGCUUUGGCUUCGUGCUAGGCUAUAGCUCACCUGUUAUACCAGAGCUGAGGGAAAUCAAUGAUCCUACAUUAAGAUUAGACAGCAGUCAAGCAUCAUGGUUUGGGUCUGUAGUAACAUUAGGAGCUGCUGCUGGAGGAAUACUGGGAGGCUAUCUUGUGGAUAGAGUUGGGAGAAAGCUGAGUCUAAUGCUGUGCUCAAUACCGUAUGUCUCUGGAUAUGUAGUUAUUAUUUCAGCUCAGAAUGUCUGGAUGCUUUAUUUUGGACGAAUACUGACUGGCUUAGCCAGCGGAAUUACUUCACUUGUUGUUCCGGUAUAUAUAUCUGAAAUAUCUCAUACAAAAGUCCGUGGUAUGCUUGGCUCUUGUGUUCAGCUGAUGGUGGUAACUGGCAUACUUGGAGCCUACAUUGCAGGAAUAACACUGAAAUGGCACUGGCUGGCAGUGUUGUGUUCUUUUCCACCCUGCAUAAUGCUUUUGUUGAUGUCCUUCAUGCCUGAAACACCAAGAUUUCUGCUGAAUCAGAACAAACAUGCAGAAGCCAUAGCUUCUUUACAGUUUCUGCGGGGACCAUAUAUGGACCAUGAAUGGGAAUGUAGGCAGAUCAAAGCUAAUGUUGAGGAGGAGGGACUAAAUCUCUAUGAAUUUAAGAAUCCUUCAAUCUACAGGCCACUUCUUAUUGGUAUGGCUCUGAUGUUCCUUCAGCAAGUAACAGGCAUUAAUGCAGUUAUGUUUUAUGCAGAAAUUAUCUUUGAAGAUGCAAACUUCAAGGACAGCAGAAUGGCUUCUGUUGUUGUGGGUGCUGUACAAGUAUGUUUCACUGCUGUGGCCGCACUUAUCAUAGAUAAAACUGGACGGAAAGUGCUGCUUUACAUGUCUGGGAUCAUCAUGGCUGUCAGUACUGCAUUAUUUGGGCUUUACUUUAAAAUGGUCCUUCCACAUGGGAACAACUCAUCAAAUGCUAAUGUGUGUUUCACUCUAAACUCAGUAUCCCCAGGAACAGAAAACAGCCUAUCCUGGCUUGCAGUAGUAAGCCUAGGGCUCUUUGUUGCUGGUUUUGCUGUUGGCUGGGGUCCUGUUCCAUGGCUGGUGAUGUCUGAAAUUUUCCCACUUAAAGCUAGGGGAAUAUCUAGUGGUGCCUGUGUGUUAACAAACUGGGUUAUGGCAUUCUUGGUAACUAAGGAAUUUCAUGAUUUGAUAGCUUUAAUAUCCUAUGGCACAUUCUGGCUCUUCUCUGCCUUCUGCUGCCUCAGUGUGAUUUUUACAGCCUUUUAUGUACCUGAAACAAAAGGACAGACCCUGGAACAGAUUGAAGCCCACUUCAGAAGAUCUUAAGUCUGAGACUGUUAUCGAUAUGAAAGCUUUAUAUCAUGAACUAUGGUGCUGUUGCUAAAACUGACUCACGUGGCAGAUAGUUACACAACUUCCUAUCAAAUUGUUUUAAUGAAUUUUUGUAAAAUGUUUUUUUUCCUUCUCCUCCCAUGUUGCAUGUAGGUAUGUACAUGCAACUUGAUUAUCUCUGUAUGUUCACUGUAGUGUAUCUUCCUUGUAUAAGUCUUAAACAUAGUCUUUCUUAAAUUGCCAUGUUUUUUUGUUUAUUUUCCCCUACCUUGUGCAGACUGACUGUAAUGGAAAUGUAUUAGCUGGUAUCUUUUUCUCUAAUAGCUAAAUUAAGAUCUAAUUUUAUAAAUAAUAAUAAAAACAAUUCCUUCUUCUGUA